AUGCAAGAAGCAUCUGAAGUAUUUUUAAAAAUUAACAACAAUCAAAGUGAUGAAGAAAUAUAUUUGACAAGGCGACAAACUGAAAUAUUACUCUAUUCAUUAUUCAAUGGUAUUUUUGCAACAGUUGCAUUCCUUGUAUUCCUUUAUUUCAUCUUCAGAAGGGGAAAUAAAAGGAAAGAAAAAGGGCGUGAAGAGAAAAGAUGGAAAAAAAAGGAAGAAAAUGAGAAAUUUCUAGAAAAGCAUUUAAUGAAAAUGGCAGCAGAAUGUAAUGAUAUGGGUGAAAAAGAUAUUGAAGAAGGUUGUUUAAAUGAUUCACCACCAUCUUAUGAGGAAGUGGUAAAUGGAAUACGGUAUUAA